AUGAAGCUGUUAUGGAUUAUCAUGGCUUGCUAUACUCUGAAAACAACUAUCUCCACAGGCUCCGUGAAUUCCACAGGUACGGACGUGGCUGACAAGGUGGCUCUCGGGCAGGAUGUCUUCAGACAACUACUGAACCAAGAAACCCUUAUUCGAAUCGAUCUGGUGAAACACGUCCACAGUCUGAUGCAGGAGAUGGUGACACUUAAGGAUAACACGUUGAAACUGCAGAACAGUUUGGAUGAAAUAUUGAUAAGAUCGAAAGAGGACAUGAAGUCCACACAGAGAGAUAUCAAGGCGCUCAAACUAGAAAACCAGAUAUUAAAGGAAACCUUGACAGAAAUAGAGACGGUGCUAAAGGAACAAAAUGAGACAGACAUAAAAAUUAAUAAUGCUAUUUCGAAUCUUCAUAAAGAUCAACAGAGGUUCGAAAGACAAAUGAAUGGAAAUCUAGAUUCUUUAGAAAGAAACGUCACUGGGGCUUUGUCAGGUAUCAAUGUCAACAUGCGUCUACUGUCCAUGGCUGUGGUAAAUGUUGACAAACGUUCUAAUGACCUAAGUAAGCGCCUGGGUGAUGUAAAUCAGAGCAUCCCAGAGCUAAUCGAAGAGAAGGGUCGCAUGGUGUCAGAAAUAGUUAGAAAUAUGUCCGAACACUUAUAA